AUGACCAUCCCAACCACAAUUCCCAGAUACCACCAAAGAUCAAAGUUUGUUCUCAAGCAUUUCUAAGAAUAUACUGUCUCAGAACAGCUGCUGUUAUUGAGUGCAGUACAUAGUUGGAUUUGUUGUGAGACGUGCUAGAGACCAGUGUACAAAGAGAAUUGGCGUGACCCAGCACCAUGGCGAGUGUUCCUGCUCUCCCUGUUACUCUAUCAAGAGUCAGUGACCUUUGAGGAUGUGGCUGUGAACUUCACCCUGGAGGAGUGGGCUUUGCUGGAUCCUUCCCAGAAGAAGCUCUUCAGAGACGUGAUGCAGGAAACCAUCUGGAACCUGACCACUAUAGGAAAACAAUGGAAAAAUCGGGACAUCAUCAAUGAUCACUGCAAUUCCAGAGGAUAUCUGAGAAUUCAAGAGGUAGAGAGACUCUGUGAACAGAAAGAUAGUCAAUGUGGAAAACUCUUCAACCACAUCAUAGAUUCUCUUAUACAUAAGAGAAGUUCUUCUGGAGUAAAACCAAGUGAGCACCAUGUAUAUGGAGAAGUCCUCAUUGCUGAUUCACCCCUAACCAUGCCCCUGACAGCUCACACUGGACACAAAGGACAUGAGUAUCAGGAACACAGAAAGAAGCCAUAUGAACAUAAGGAACAUGGGAAAGACUUCCAUUAUUGCCUACAUUUUCAGAAGCAUGAAAAAACUCACACAGCAGAGAAAUCCAGUGUGUGUAAGCACUGUGGAAAAGCUUUUUGUUGUUUCAGAUCUCUUCAAACGCAUGAAAGAAAUCACACAGGAGAUAAACAACAUGUGCGUAAGCAUUGUGGAAAAGGCUUUAGUUCUGCUAGACAUAUGGAAACACAUGAACAAAUUCACACUGGAGAGAAGCCUUUUAAGUGCAAACAAUGUGGGAAAGACUUUACUCUUCUCAGUUCCCUUCAAAGACAUGAAAGAAGUCACAUGAGAGAGAAACCCUAUGUAUGUAAGGAAUGUGGAAAAACCUUUAGUUCUUCAUAUUACAUUAAAAUCCAUGAACAAAUUCAUAGUGGAGAGAAACCCUAUGUAUGUAAACAAUGUGGGAAAGCCUUUCCUUUUGUCAGUUCCCUUCAAAUGCAUGAAAAAAUUCAUAGUCAAAAGAAACCCUGUGUAUGUAAGCAGUGUGGGAAAGGCUUUAGUUCUUCCAGCUACCUUAAAAUACAUGAACAAAUUCAUAGUGGAGUUAGACCUUAUGUAUGUACUCAAUGUCAAAAAGCCUUUAGUUCUUAUGGGUACCUUAGGAAGCAUGAAAGAAUUCACAGUGAAGCGAAACCUUACACAUGUACACAUUGUGGUAAACCUUUCAGACAUUCUGAUGCAAUCAGAAAACAUGAAAAAACCCACACUUGUGAGAAGCCCUAUGUAUGUAAGCAAUGUGGAAAAGCCUUUCGUUCUUCCUAUUACAUUAAAAUCCAUGAACAAAUUCAUAGUGGAGAGAAACCCUAUACAUGUAAACAAUGUGGGAAAGCUUUUCAUUUCUUCAGAUACCUUCAAAGACAUGAAAUAAUGCACACUGGAGAGAAGCCCUAUGUAUGUAAGCAGUGUGGAAAAGGCUUUAGUUCUUCUAGUCACCUGAAAACACAUGAACAGAUUCACAGUGGAGAGAAACCCUAUACAUGUAAACAAUGUGGAAAAGCCUUUAGUUCUUCCUAUUACAUUAAAAUCCAUGAACGAAUUCAUAGUGGAGAGAAACCCUAUACAUGUAAACAAUGUGGGAAAGCUUUUCAUUUCUUCACAUGCCUUCAAAGACAUGAAAUAAUGCACACUGGAGAGAAGCCCUAUGUAUGUAAGCAUUGUGGAAAAGGCUUUAGUUCUGCUAGGCAUAUGGAAACACAUGAACAAAUUCACACUGGAGAGAAACCUUUUAAGUGCAAACAAUGUGGGAAAGACUUUACUCUUCUCAGUUCCCUUCAAAGACAUGAAAGAAGUCACAUGAGAGAGAAACCCUAUGUAUGUAAGCAAUGUGGAAAAGGCUUUAGUUCUUCUACUCACUUGAAAACACAUGAACAAAUUCACAGUGGAGAGAAACCCUAUACAUGUAAGCAAUGUGGAAAAGCCUUUAGUUCUUCCUAUUACAUUAAAAUCCAUGAACGAAUUCAUAGUGGAGAGAAACCCUAUGUAUGUAAACAAUGUGGGAAAGCCUUUCCUUUUGUCAGUUCCCUUCAAAUGCAUGAAAAAAUUCAUAGUCAAAAGAAACCCUGUGUAUGUAAGCAGUGUGGGAAAGGCUUUAGUUCUUCCAGCUACCUUAAAAUACAUGAACAAAUUCAUAGUGGAGUUAAACCUUAUGUGUGUACUCAAUGUCAAAAAGCCUUUAGUUCUUAUGGGUACCUUAGGAAGCAUGAAAGAAUUCACAGUGAAGUGAAACCUUACACAUGUAAACAAUGUGGGAAACCUUUCAAACAUUCUGAUGCAAUCAGAAAACAUGAAAAGACUCACACUGGUGAAAAGCCGUACAUAUGUAAGCAAUGUGGAAAAACUUUUCGUUGUUCCUAUUACUUUAAAAUCCAUGAACAAAUUCAUAGUGGAGAGAAACCCUAUACAUGUAAACAAUGUGGGAAAGCUUUUCAUUUCUUCGGAUACCUUCAAAGACAUGAAAUAAUGCACACUGGAGAAAAGCCCUAUGUAUGUAAGCAAUGUGGAAAAGGCUUUAGUUCUUCUACUCAUUUGAAAACACAUGAACAGAUUCACAGUGGAGAGAAACCCUAUACAUGUAAACAAUGUGGAAAAGCCUUUAGUUCUUCCUAUUACAUUAAAAUCCAUGAACGAAUUCAUAGUGGAGAGAAACCCUAUACAUGUAAACAAUGUGGGAAAGCUUUUUGUUUUCCCAGUUGCCUUCGAAUGCAUGAACAAAUUCACAGAGGAAAGAAACCCUAUGUGUGCAAGCAAUGUGGAAAAGGCUUUAGUUCUUCUAGUGACCUUAAAACACAUGAACGAAAUCAUAGUGGAGAGAAACCUUAUGUAUGUAAGCAAUGUGGAAAAACCUUUAGUUCUUCCAGGUACCUUAAAAAACAUGAACGAAUUCACAGUGAAGAGAAAAACCUAUACAAGAAAACCCUACAGAAAUAGCCAACCAAAGGAUAAACCAAGUCAAGUUAAAAACCAAAAAUAUGUCCAAAUGACCAGGAAUACAAGUCAUAUCUCAAUAAUAGCCCUGAAUGUUAAUGGCCUAAACUCAUCAAUUGAAAGAUAUAGACUGGCAGAUUG